AUGCCGCCACUCGCGGCGUCGGACACGCGCAUACCGAACGCUUUUGGAUCGUUGCCAGUGGAGCUGUUCCUAAAUAUCUUGGACCAACUAGUCGGCACUCGCGACGGCCGGUUACCUGUUGCCUACGAACCCUCGCAUUCAGCUACAAAAGCGCUGCGCGCCUUAACCCUAGUAUCAAGAGCAGUUUAUCUAUGCGCAUCACGAUAUCUAUAUGCGAAUUGCCUGUACUUGAACGAUGUCACGAGGCAUCAUCGCUUCCGCAGAACGCUGGGCCUGGAGUUGGGCCAUCACCCGUUAGCCCUCGAAUACAGUCAGGCCGGGCGGAACGAAGACUUAUUCAAUGAGGCCGACAUCCCGCAACAUGUGGUCUCUCUGUUCAUAUCACCAGAGAAGACGCAGAACUGCGGGAUGACGCCUCGGGUGCGCCUGCCUCAAGUCAUAGACCUUUGCCUCGCCGUGGGAUCAACCUUGAAGCGGCUCGCUAUCGACUUCAACCCAGUCUACGUGCCCGCGUCAGAGCAGGUGCUGAUGAAGCCCCACUGCAGAAGUCGCAACAUCUUUCUCCACAUGCUGAACCUCGAAGAGUUGGUAUGCAGCUACGACACGUCGGACUAUUUUCGGUACCCGCCGCCCAACUUAAAGCGUCUUGCGAUGACUGCGAACGAUAUGGAGCCUUCUCACCUCGACUUCUACUUCAUGGUAUCUUCUCUGGAGACGCUGUUCAUUCUUCGCCCCAAGAAUCUCAAAGCUAAACACAUCGACGAGUUUUUCGACAGGUACAAUGGGAAGCACAUCGACAUUGUGUUGGUGGAUGUGAACAACAAUCACCGCACGCCACCGUCCACCCGGGACUGGUCAUCAGAUGACCGAGUGACGAUAUGGGAGGCUGACGUUCCGAGGAGUUUCUAUGGCGAUGACGAGGACUUGAUCUUAUGCGAUGAGUGGACAUGGACGCAUGGGGUCAAAGGAGACCUGUGGGACCAGGAUAAGAGGAGAAUGCGAAGUUGGAGUGAGAUCGAAAGGUCAUUGGCAGAGCCGGCGCUGUAAAGGCUUCCUUCCGGAAACGACGGACGAAUGCAUAUUGACCCUACCCUUUACGAAACUUACGAUACAACGACCAUCGACCUCAUGGACUGGAUCCGACAGCGACUUCAUUUUCUUCCGAGCCGCCUCACUUUGGUGUACGAUCUGGUAUUGCUCAAAAUGAUGAUUGGAAUGUUGCCACCAGCUUUGUCCUCAUAACAAGAGCACUUGACUGCCCCAAACUGGGGCUAUCUUUCUACCAUUGGCUUCGGUCUGUUUGUAUGGCUACAGUUUGGAUCCUGCUUUCUUGAUUAGGCGACUGGGACAUUUACUGAUUUGUAUACCUCUGUUCUGAUACGUGUGGUUCUCUGUCCAUGAAUUCAUCAUAGCAGCCCGAUACCAUUCCAUAUCUAGGUGUGCAUCAAACACUCACUGGAGGCUCGUGAUAAAGUACUCGAC